AGAACUGGAGAGAUAAGGACGUCCUAUUUGUACACUCACUUGCUUAAUAAGACAGGAGAGAUAAGGACGUCCUAUUUGUACACUCACUUGCUUAAUAAGACAGGAGAGAUAAGGACGUCCUAUUUGUACACUCCCUCGUUUCUCUCGCAAUCAGUUGUGUCAAACGUAGCACCAAACUUGAGCGAUUCCUAAUAUCUAGCCCAGCGUCUGGAGAGUUUGAGGAGAUUUAACUGGAGGAGGGGAGGGGAGGUCGCACUUUUCUACAGAUUUUCUCUUAGCAUCAGUCAGCACUUUAGUUUUCAAGUUUAUUUUACUGUGCUUUUCUUACAAGUUGCCCUAUACCUAUGUUAUGCACGCACCAUUAACAGCAGCCUUGCAGACCUUCAUAUUGCUGUAACUUAGCCAACAGCGUGCUCAAAGAACCUCAACGAAAGGAGUAUAUAAAACACUAAUUUAAUAAUAGAACAAAAACAUUGGUAAUGAGUAUGACUGAAUCGUCAGAUGUAGAUAAAGGUUUCUGUGCCAUGUCAACAUCAACUGGACAGAGUGGCAAAGAGGAUGAAACCUAUGAGUUAAAUUAUCACAAUUAUCUUAUGCUAGAUCAUAUACUUAGCAGUCAAGUAAUGCAAAGUGAACUAAAGGACAAAGCAGUUCAUGAUGAGCAUCUGUUUAUUGUAACACAUCAAGCUUAUGAACUGUGGUUCAAACAGAUUCUUUAUGAAAUAGAUUCUGUCAGGAAUAUGUUUAUGCUACCAGUUCUGGAAGAAACAAAGACCUUACUUAUUCUGAACAGACUUAGUAGAGUUGCUCUGAUACUCAAGUUGUUGGUGGAUCAAGUGGACAUAUUAGAGACAAUGACUCCUUUGGACUUUCUGGAAUUUAGGUUACAACUUUCAUCGGCAUCUGGAUUUCAAAGUCUCCAGUUUAGACUGUUGGAAAACAAAAUUGGAGUUUUAGAAUCAUCACGAGUUAAAUACAAUCAGCAACACUAUGCAAAAGUCUUCAGUAAGCCAGAACAAGUUAAAAUGCUUGAAGACUCAUUGGAACAGCCAUCUUUGUUUCAGCUUUUAGAGAAAUGGCUGGAGAGGACGCCAGGUUUGGCAGUGAAAUCUUUUAAUUUUUGGGAAUUAUACAAAAGAUCUGUAGACAGGUGGCUCCAAGACAUGUUACAGCAGUCAGCACAGAAUGAGACAGAUGAAUCUGUGAAACAAAGUCUUAUUGAGGAAUACAAGAAACAGAAAGAAAGUUUUGAAAGCAUUUUGGAUGAAGAAAAAUAUAAUGCUGCAGUAGCCAGAGGUGAUCGUAGAAUGAGUCAUUUAGCUUUCAAAGGGGCUUUACUCAUUUCUUUAUAUCAUGACCAGCCUCGUUUCAAUCAACCAUCAAAGCUUCUUUCACUUCUUAUGGAUAUAGAUUCUUUAAUGACCAAAUGGAGAUACAAUCAUGUCAUGAUGGUACAAAGAAUGAUUGGUAGCAAAGUUGGAACUGGUGGCUCGUCUGGUUAUCAAUACCUUCGGAGUACUGUUAGUGAUCGCUACAAAGUGUUUCUUGACCUCUUCAACAUGUCAACCUAUCUCAUCCCUCGUGGUUACAUCCCACCAUUGUCAAGGUCUCUCAAGCGACAGCUCAGCAUUCUUAUUCAUGAAUACAUGCCCCGUGACUCUGAUGAAAGUAAUGAGGAAAGUGAUGGCUGUGAAAAUGAGACUGAGGAAAGACUGCAAGACUUGAAUCUCAAUGGAGACACACACAAAGCCAUCAAAUUUACUCUUUAAUUACAUGUCUGUGUGUGUCACAUUUCUUGAAAGCUGUCAUGGUUAAUUACUAUGCAUUUCUUACAAGUGGGUGAUUGAUAGAGAUUUUAUUUCUUAUAUUAAGAGAAAUAAUCUACAAUUUCACCACCACUCUCUACUUUAGUGCAGACAACAUAUGUAGAAGUUACAUGAACAUUUUUUGGCAUUUUAUCUAAGACUCAGAAUCAGAUUCAGCAGAUAUUGAUUAUAAAUCUAAAAUGCUAAUUAUUUGUUAUUUGCUAUUUGUUUUAUUUGUACUUUGCAUUAAUGUUAAUAUGUAUUCGAGAUACAUAAAAUAACCUUUUUUAAUGUGUUUAAACAAGAAUUUUAAUGAUUUAACAGGGUAAACAAAUGCUUAUGUACUUAUAUGUAUCUUAACUUUUAACAUUUGUUAACCUAAAUAUAUAUUGUGACAAAAAAACAUUCCAAGCAUUAAAGUGCAUCAGUUAUAAUACAUAUUUCUAUUAUGUAUUUUUAUUAAAACACAAUUUGAUCUGCAAAAUAGGUGCUGAUUUGAAAAGCAACAUGUCUACAAAUGUUCACUCUUUGAAAGUUUAAUGUAUCACUUGCUUAGUUUAAAGAACCAAAAAAAAUAUUAAAAACAAAAAAUAUUUGAAAUCUU